UUUUUCAGAGUAAAAAUGUUUUUUCCAUGUUCUACAUUCAGCACCAACAUUAUAAUCAGUAAAUAUAUCAUAUUUAUUCAUUAUUAAUGUAAUGCCAGGAAGCUUUGGGUAGCUUUCGGUAAUUAGACGGUCCCCUGCCAGGUGGGUGGCAUAGCAAGGUGUAUUUAGUUUUGGCAUCUAGUUGUAUUUUUUCACCUUAUUAACUUCCAUUUGGUGUUUAUUAAGGGGACCAAUUUGGCAUAAUACUUAUGGCUGGCUCAUUCUGUCAAGGCCCCCCUAAUGACAUCUAUUUGUGCAGUCAUCUACAAAUUAUUAUUAUUACUAUUAUUUUUUUUGUUGCAAACUAUACAUAGUGCAAAGAAAUGCUUUGACACUGAAGGGAUUUUUGGUUAAACUCUGAUAUCAAGCAGCAGUAUCUAAAAAUCUAUAGAUGCAACCAGAAUGUCAUUGAUAAUACUUUUCUCAGUAUUAGUACACUGUAUUUAUAAAAAAUCUAACUUAUUUUCAUAGGUUAAGGUUUGUUUAACCCUUAAAAUGUGGAUAUGGAUAUUCAUGCAUAACUGCCCAUACACGAAAAAAUUAAAAAAUAAAUUUCCUUAUAGAAUGAUUAAUUUGGGUGCAAAAUGUAUAGAAAAAUGGAAAUAAGCCUAAUAUCUUCAAUGUGGCUCGUUUUGAGAAAUGAACAUGUUCCGUGUGUGUGAGGCUCACCCCACCCAUUUGUCAUCCCCAGAUCUUGCCGUCAGCAACACACACACACACACACACAGUUACCAGUUGAUUGACAGUUGAGAGGCGGGACCAAAGAACCAGAGCUCAACCCCUACAAGCACAACUAGGUAUCAAUGAGUUCGUCAACUUUGAUGCGUGAAGCUCACGAGGCUUUUGUGAGUGGCCACAAUGGGUCGUCUGCCCAUGACCUGAUCUUGGCUGUGUUUCCCGGGAUACCAGCUUCUGUCCUUGCUGUUUUAAUUGUCAAAGGAAGAGUAGGAUGGUUUUGGUUUCUUCUGGAGUGUUGUUUCCUUGUGAUUCCCCUUACUCUGAGCUUCACCGUUUUGGCAGACUACACCCUAGAACUGUGCACACUGCUCGUCAUUCUCGCAGGCCUGACUCUGAGCUUUGCCACACCCACAAACACAGCAGAUUAUAGUAGUUCCAGCAAAACAAAAAAGCACCUUGGGUGUGUGACAUCAUUGAGAGCUCUCUUAAGUCUGGCUACAUCAGUUGCCAUCCUUGGUGUUGACUUUCACUCCUUCCCACGCCGAUUUGCCAAGACUGAAGAAUAUGGCUACAGCCUCAUGGAUGUGGGUGCUGCUGGAUUUGUUGUUAUGAAUGGCAUUGUUGAAGGGAAGAAGCGAGCAUCAUACAGGUUUAUUGCACGAGACGGAGUUAUCUUGAGUGUGCUGGGCGUGUUGAGGCUGGUGCUGGUACGAGCUUCGGACUACCAGCACCAUGUGACUGAGUAUGGCCAACACGGAAACUUCUUCUUUACUCUAGCAUUCAUCAAGGUUACGUGCUCGUGGUGGGUUUGGCAUCUUAAGUCUCUAGGAAGUUUCUUGGUUGCAUUAUUCCUCAGCUUUUGCCAUCACUUGUAUCUCACAAUUGGUAAUGGUGGUCCGUGGACACUGAGUGACGCUGGACGGGAUACACUCAUACUUGCCAAUAGGGAAUGGCUGGUCUCUAUGCCUGGUUACGUGGCUCUGUACUUUCAUGGUGCUGCUCUUGGAGCAUUUCUUUUCAGCAGAAGCGUACACACAAAGCUGUCGUAUUCACUCACCAUCAUGACGUUGUGUAGUGGAGUCUGCUUAGCAUCAUUACACUUCUAUGUGGACUUGCCAUCCAGGAGAUUGGGUAAUCCCACUUUUGUAUCCUUAGUUAUGUUUUUCACACUGAUUGUGCUUACACAAUUCUCCCUUAUUGAGGAAAGUCUCUCAAAGCUGCUCCCCAGGAUGUCACCAGUGCCUGUUGCCUUCCAAGCCAUCAACCACAAACCUUUGCUCUUCUUUCUUUUGUCUAAUAUUUCCACUGGACUUAUAAAUAAAAGCAUAAAUACAUUAGAAGUCGCAUAUCCCUGGGAUGUUAGUAUCAUCACUGUAUAUGCCACUUUAUUAGUGAGUGUUAUCUAUUUCAUUUUCAUUACUGAUGUUAGAUAAAAGGAAUGUUUACAAGCAAUUAUUAAGAGCCAGUUAACAAUUAUAGUUUAAACAAAAUUGUAACAGUGGUUCUUUCACUCUUGCCAGAUACUUGUGAUCUCAUACUUCUGUGAUAUAUCCCAAACAAGAUUUUGGUAUAUUUCUUCAAGUUUCUCAAUAAAUAUGCUCUGUCCUA